AUGCAAUUCGAGAAGCAACACCUGGCGCAGCAGCACUCUCCCUCCCAUUGCGCGCCCGCAGGCCACUCCAACACAUCGCGCUCCCAGCCCGCCCAUCACAAACACACACGCCGAGCUCUGCGUCCUUCGACGCCCUCUCAAUCGCCCUUUACUCCACCGCUCAGCGGCACCGCACCAAUCGCCCACACACACUCCGUGCCAGCAGCUAACUCGUCCGUCACGCAGUCUUCUCCCCGCCCCACCUCUCCCGUUAACUCGCCACCCGCGACGGGCUCCUCGACCGCGCGCCCCUCGUCGCCUAAGCCCCCCGGAGGCCCUGCCACGGCCAUCCGCCGCAAGGCCGCGGCCGACCGCGCCGACAAGGUCGCCAAUGCGCGCCCGAGCAGCACGCGCGCGGCUGGCGCGGGCGGCAGCAGCAGCACCAUGCUGAGGCUCUACACUGACGAGUCCCCCGGCCUCAAGGUCGAUCCCGUCGUCGUGCUCGUCCUCUCCGUCGGCUUCAUCAUCUCCGUCGUCGCGCUGCACGUCAUCGCCAAGCUCACCAAGAAGUUCUCCGCAUAA